UGGCAUCAGUCUCACGAGUUCUUUAGUCUGACAAUCUAACCAAGUCAAAAUGUUCAAGAUCCUGCUUGUCUGCGCCCUUGUCGCCCUGGUGGCCGCCAACGAGAAUCCCGAGGUCAAGGAGCUGGUCAACGAUGUCCAAGCCGAUGGCUUCGUAAGCAAGUUGGUCCUGGACAACGGUUCCGCUGCUUCUGCUACCGGAGAUGUCCACGGAAACAUCGACGGAGUUUUCGAGUGGGUCUCCCCCGAGGGCGAACACGUCCGUGUGAGCUACAAGGCCGACGAGAACGGAUACCAGCCCCAGAGCGACCUCCUGCCCACUCCUCCUCCAAUCCCAGAGGCCAUCCUGAAGGCCAUCGCCUACAUCCAGGCCCAUCCCAGCAAGGAAUAAGCAAUCGACACGACCAGGACCCACAUUCGAAUCGGAGGUGCAACUCCAAAGACCUUGCCCUCUAACCCUUAGAAUUUAAACAGCAUGCAGACAUUAUAAAUGAUUAUCGAGUUAGGAAAUAAAUUCGAUACUCUUUGGCAACAAAUCUAUUUAGAUAUGGUCUUAAUUUCCCUGACGGCAGCAGGAGUUACCUUGUUUAUGGCUGAUUUAUUUUGGCCGAGGGAACAAACGCUGCUUCAGAUUAUCACGAACUGUCUGGAUGUUACGUGAUUGAUCUUAGCCAAUAGUAACCUGUUUAAUUAGCGAUACAUAAAGUGAAGACCAUCAAACCAGAUUUAGGUAUAAAUUCGGUCUGUUUAUUACAGUUUUAAAUGCAAUAAAAUAUUUCAUUAAACAAAAGUCAU